UCACACACACACUCCCCAUCCUCUGCAGCAGAGGAGGUGGCACUUUUCCCAAAGCAUCCGCCGCCGUCUGGCGAGGCUCAUUAAGGAGGGACUAGGCUGCGCACGGCGGUGUGUGUGUGCAUGUGUGGCUGUUGUACAUGAAGCGAGGGAAGAGGACUCGCACUCAUCUUUCUGUCACGGGAGCAGCCCAUGUGGGCAGAGCAGAGGAGGAGGAGAGAGAGAGAGAGAGAGAGAGAGAGAGAAGAUCCAGUUCUGGAGCUGAAGGCAACACUGAACCUUCUCCACCAUGGCUACUGCAUAGGAAUCUGUCACCCCAGCAGCAGCAUACAUGAGGUGUGAGAAGUUGGGAGGACAGUAGAAGCUAAAGAGAGAAAGAACAAGAAACGAUCCAACAUGGCUGCUGAGGAGAAGCCUGGCGUGAAGAACAGCACCUCCAUCUUGCCCUGCUUCCUCUUCGUGGAGUUGGUGAUCAUGGCGGGCACCGUGCUGUUGGCGUAUUACUUCGAGUACACGGACACGUUCCCCGUUCACGUCCAGGGCUUCUUCUGCUACGACAAAGCCUUCUCCAAGCCGUACCCGGGCCCAGACGAAAGCAGCAAAGUGCCACCGGUCCUCGUCUACUCGCUGGUCACUGCCGUCCCCACCAUUACGAUUCUGGCUGGGGAGUUGAUGGCUUUUUUCAUGAAGUCAGAAGGCGCACAAGAGAAGACCAUCGUAACAGCAGACUGCUGCUACUUCAACCCCUUGCUAAGACGCAUCAUACGCUUUCUAGGCGUCUACACCUUUGGUCUCUUCACCACCACUAUCUUCGCCAAUGCUGGGCAGGUGGUCACAGGAAACCAGACCCCUCAUUUCCUGUCAGCUUGCCGGCCAAACUACACAGCACUAGGCUGCCAGUCGAAUCUACAGUACAUCACAGAGCGUCGAGCCUGCACAGGGAACCCACUCAUAGUGGCAUCCGCCCGCAAAUCCUUUCCUUCCAAGGAUGCAGCACUGAGUGUCUACUCUGCAGUGUAUACAGUGAUGUACGUGACGCUGGUGUUCAGGACAAAGGGCACUCGUCUGACGAAGCCGACGGUCAGCCUGACCCUGCUGUGCCUUGCCAUGCUGGUGGGGGUUGUAAGGGUGGCUGAGUACCGCAACCACUGGUCAGAUGUCCUCGCUGGCUACUUCACCGGAGGAGCCAUUGCUGUGUUUCUGGUGACCUGUGUGAUCAACAACUUCCAGCAGACAAAGCCCCCGCCACUGCCUGUGCGACCACAGCGUCCUGAGUCGGUGCUGGGUAUGCCCAUGGUGGCGCUGCCCUGUGUGGAGAGUCCACUCGAAAAGUUAAGUGGCACUCAGACUCCAAGGGGAUCUCCAUUCACUGAGAUCACAUGACCAUCAGCCCUAUCGGUUCCCCGCCACCCCCGAUGUCCUCAUACCGUCUCGCUCCAUUUCCAGCGAAGUCUAGACCAACCGUCUGAGCCGCACGCUCACCAGUGCGCCGCCCACACCACCGGACGCUACGCCACCCUCCACCGCUCCUACUCGACACAGGUCUAGACACGUUCCUCCUCGCUGCACUCCAUGAACCCCUCUUUUCCAUGCUGCCCUCGGGGCUCCCGUGCACUGCUCCAACAAAUGAUAAGUGACAAUCCAUGGAAAGCUCAAAGAGCCUCACUCAAGCUUAGUCCGGCAGACAGAAAUAUUCCGGCAUGUGCCAGCAAGUGCUUGGCGUGACAUCUGAGUUCAUAAUAGUUUGUCUGAGCAGUGCGUAGAAGCCUGUAGACCACCAUAAAGACCUUUGGCCCAGUCUAACCCAACCUGACCUAUUCCCAGGGGAACCGAUGGAGUCCAUAUGCUGGGCUCCUGAGAAAAAAACAAACAAACAAACCAAAAAGACUAAUAGCACAGUGUCUAGUAGGCCUGUUUGGUUUCAUUUUUUGUCUGUUUUUCAAGAGGCAUGUUUAUUUUUUUUAAGCAUAGCAUUCAUUGUACAUAAUGUAUUUAUUAUUUGGACGACCAUGCCAGCAUGUUUUCCCAAUUCCUGAAUUGGGAAACAGAUUCCCCAUUUCUCAGUCCCUAGUGUAAAUACCUGGAAAAAUUGAACUCUCAUCAGAUGAACACUGCAUUUACUUUUUUGUUUACCUCUAUGUUUGAGAAUUUUUUGAAAGAAAAAUAUCUGUAUGUUUCUUCUGAGUGCUUGCUGCUGGCUUCAGUGCCAAGUCCUUUCCCUCAUCAAUGACCGGCAGCUCCAGGGCGUGUAUGGCAUGCAUACAUGUGCAUAAAGAAUCUCAGCAUAUGGAGCCACCAUGGGCCCAGUUCUUCUCCAAGGGAUUUCUUCUGCAGCCUCCAGAGCUUGGCAGAUUUAGCUUGUUAGCAGCAAUGACAGCAUUCUGACGCAAAAUGGCUUUUUCUCUCAACCUUGUUCCCUGAAAAAAAAGAAAAGCUUCACUAAGACACAACAAUACGCUGUCAGACACAACACCCACUGCCAGUUUACAGAGAUCAGACUAAACAACCUUUUGUUCCUCAGGAGAGCACAACAAACCUGAGAGCAACAAAGUAUAGCUCCCUUUUUAGCCUGUUGUUCCUGUCAUUUACUGUGGUUAAAAAUUCAGUGAGCUGUCAGUCAGACAUUGUAAAGGAAAUAUUUUGUGUAUGGUAAAGGUUUUUGUCUCAUUUUUAAUUCUAUUAUAACUUUUGUUGAUAUUUUUAAAACCACUCUCAUGUAAUUAAAGAAUUUAUCAACAAUCAAAAUUUCAGUGAUUAUUCUGGGUUGCCCAAGCAAGAUCAUUAAGUGCUGAAGACAGUAUUGGAACUGAUCAUUUCCAGCAUUCAUUUUAUUCUGGGGUUUGCUUGAAUGCUUUGUUUCAAAAAGAGAUUCAUUUUUUUUGUUUGUGUGUAAUAAGAAGUGUUCUCUGAACAGCACUAGUCUUCACCUAGUGUGACAGUUUUGCUGCUUUUGAUUUGCACAAUGCUUCAUCCACAUGCAUUACCUUUCUAAGACCUUUUUGUGAUCCUCUUCCACCCUUUGUUCAUUUUCUCUGCUGUGCUGCGUAAGGUUAUCCUGUCUGCUGGACCAGCAUCAUUGUACACUCUUUCUCAUGCUCGCACUUGCGCAAAUGGACCGCAGACACGUCCUUUGACCUUUAUUCUGUAAUACUUUUACCCCCUUUCUCCACUUUCUUACAUGAACCAUGUUUGUACAGUUUUGUAAAUAUAGCUUUUUUGUAAAAAAAAAAAACAAUAAUAAUAAUAAUAAGACGAAGAAGUCAAAGAAAAGAAAAAGUAUGUUUUACACUGGCACCUGUGAGCACCAAGUCAUUACCAUACUGAUCCGUUACUUCUUCUUACAUUGGAACUAAUGAUCACAUUUGAGCUUUAGGAGUCAAAAAUGGAAAGUUGGCCAUUUUUGUGCUUUUGGGCUAAGAAGCCAUUUCCAAUGUCUUACUGUAUUCACAUGGUAGCAUUUGACACAUCGGACUUGCUGCGCAGUUUUCAAACUCAGAAUCAGGUGACCCAUACCAUUAGGUCAACUGACUUGCUGUUUAUAGGUUUGUGAUUAAGGUGGACAAUCCUGAAUACCUAACGCUCAAUUUAUGAAUGUUCGUAGUCAGCUAAGACAUUAAAUUGUCUUGUGUCCUUAAGACUGUCAUGUGACCUUAAGAUGUCAUAGGUGUGAGCAAUUCAGCUAAUGUUCAGCCAAUAGUACAUGCAGUGAACAGCCACCAGCUAGGAUUAUGCAAAUGACAUUAUGCUCACAGUCAGUGCUAAGUACAUUAGAACAUUUGGUCAAAUUUUUCCUUUUAACGCCAAGGAAUGUUGCCGCCACUCAUUUAAACUGAUGAAGCAUUUGGUGGAGACACUACUUCUCCAGAAGUACAGUCACCUUGACUGCUUGUAGAUUUUUCACUAAUCCAGAUUUAGUGGGAUAGUCCAGAUUUUUGAUUGCUUGUCAGGGACGAAUGCAUUCCAUUCCUGUUCACGAAAUGUCCAGGAAUCCAAGUAUUAUCAUACGUUAGUAUUUCUUAUGAAGUUUAAACUGCUUUUUUAUCCAGUCGAGCCAUUUGUAUACAAAGAAUGGGUGUGAUUAGUUCAGAUUUCCCUCUGCGUAGGGACGCUUGUUCAGAAAGGCACACUGUCAAUGACAUUUCUAGGAACUAGACAGGACUUCAAUGUGAUAACUCUGCAGAUUAGAUCACAGGCCGCACCACGACCAUAGCUAUCGAUCCACUGAGUUUACCGAUCAAGUGUCUAGGACAUUUACAGGGCUGAGGUGGCAACCCUAACAGCUAGAUAAUGUGAUAUGGACAUACUACAAAAAAUAACACUAUGACUCAAACAUCUGACGCUCCAGACCUCCAAUUCACAGACGGGUCCACUGAUGGUGAAAGAAUGGGAAGUUUUUACGGAUUGUGGUUCACUAUUUGUAUACCAGCAAUGAUGCAGUCAUUCCCUUUGGAGAUCUUUAGAAGAAGAACUUUCAUUUGUAAGGACAAGAUAGCUCAGUUUUGUACUGUUCUCCAGGAUUUUCUUCUAAUGGGAAGAUGUGUCCAAACAUUGGAGGUCAGAUGUGGUGACAGGGGUCGACUGAGUUGUUUUGAAGGUGUCACUUUUUCUUCCAUGUUGUUACAAUGUACGCAAUGUUUUGUAAAGAUCUAUCUGAUGAGAACAAUAAAUGGAUAUUGCGAUACAUUGGC